UUAGGGAUUCAAAGUGCUUGAUUUCCUUCUAUGAUUGUUAUGGUCACUACACCUUUAAGUAUUUUUGGAUUAAAAAUCCCUUCUUUUGAUUUAGCAUUUGAUAUAUAUACACAUGCUCAUCCUGUUUAAAGAGUUUGAUUCAGCAGGAGAAUCAUGUUGAACAUAUAUUUUCAGUAGCUAGUAAGUGAGAAAGUAUUUUACUGGCAUAAUGUGAAAAUGUUGAUUUGAUGGUUGCAUGUUCGAAGCCUCAACACUGGGUUUGUCAGUAUAGAAUCAAUGGAAUUUUUUUUUUCUAGCUGUUUUAAUUUGAGAACUUUUAAAAAUUUGGUUAACUGAUGUCAGGCAAUGUCCAUGGAAGAAGCCCUUCACACUUCAGAUGGUGACAAAAAAGAACAGGCAGCUUAAUGCUACCAAACUAGGGGUGUGUCAAAUCUCUCUCAAGAAUGAUAAACUCAAUGGAGUUGUCUAUUUUUAACCUCCUGUUCUUUCCUUUUGGCAGACUAAUCAGUGUUAGCUGAGCCGUUUCGCUGAAUGAAUCCCAGCGACUCCGGUGCUUUCUGCAAUGAGCAGUGGACCCUGAGAGAGUCUCAAUCUGCUUUGAUGUAUGCAGUCCCCUUGUGAAACACCAUGUCAGAUGAAGCCAGCUCGGAGCAGAAGCCUUCUACAACAACAGUCAGCUCAGUUUCUGUGCAGGCUGGGGACGCCAGUAUUGUCAUAGCUGUGCUGAAGUGUGGAAAAUGGGUGAAGCUUCAGCUAGCUGAAUCAACACCGAAUAUAUUAGAAAUUGGCAGCAAUCAAGAUGAGACUAAAAAACUACUUCAAGAUCAUGAAUUCCUCCUAUCCAAGCUGAAGGCUUUGGAAGACAAGGUAUGGGACCUGCUGCAGGAAGCAGACAAGGUUGCAGAGGAGAACAAAGAAAAGACUCAGGUUUAUGAUGCCAUGGCGGAGACCCUUGGGGAUGCAUGGGAUGCCCUCAUCAUUAUGCUAGAGAAGCGACAGGCACUUCUGGAACUUACUUCAGUGUUCUUUGAAAAUGCUCUGGAGUUUGCUGUUAAAAUUGACCAAGUUGAAGAUUUCCUAAAAAAUGCUCAAGAGUUUGACAAUAUUGACUCUUUGAGAGAACUUCUUCUGCAACAAGAGCAUCAUACAAAAGAACUUUUGGAGAAGUCAUUUGCUCUUUUAAACAAAAGCCAUGACCUAACUCAAUUCAUAGAAGAAUUCAAAUGUGAGGGGCCAAAUGCAAAUCCAGAGCUGAUUCAAGGAGCCCACAGCAGCUGCUUGAAGAUUGACAAUCUCCUUGAGAUGCUGCAGGACAGGAGACGCCAGCUGGACAAAUUCCUCAGACAUCAGCGCCAAGGGCUGGAGCAGGUUCUGCAAAUUUGCUUGUGGCACCAACAGGAGACCCAGGUAACGUCUUGGUAUAAGAAAAACAUCAGAAAUUACUUUCAGAAGCAAAACUUAGGCUCAUCACUAUUGGAAAAUGAAGAGUUACUUCAGGAACUUGAAGAAAUGGAAGUCAAAGUGAAAGAAUGGAAUUACACUGUGGAACAAUUAGAAGGUGAAGCAUUUAGGAUCUUGCUUUCAGAGGACUAUACAGAAAAGGAACAUCUAAAACUUUCAAAUCAGAAAAUCUGUCUGUUGCAAGAAGAAGUGUGCUCCCACAUGGAAGAAAGGAAAGCCCUGCUGCAAGAGGCCAAUGACUUCUUUCAUGCUGCUGGCAAGGUACUUGAUGGUCUUGAAAGUAUUGAGAAUUACCAUAAAAUCUCUAUUUCAGAAGGCUUACACUUACCUAUAUUGACACUGAAGUACAAGGAAUUGCAGGAAGCAAUUAAAGGUUGUACAGCAACUACCAUGCAGAAGGGACGAACUUUAGUUAAUAAAGCAGAUUCUCACAGCUCUUGGGUGGCUGGAAUUCAGAAAAUGAUGGAAUAUAUUCAAAAAAAAGUAGAUCAAUUAAACAGCCAGUGUCCAGAUUAUGAAGAAUUUACUUUGAAGAAACAACAGUGGACUGCCUCGCUUGAAGAUCAUCUGAGUAAGGUGUCGCAAUCAAUUAAAAAACUCGCCCCGAUGCUCACAGUUGGGAUGGAGAUUGGCUCGUAUUUGUCUGAGUCAGAAAGAGUUUUGAACAACUACCUUGAACUGGCUAAACAAACAAAGGAAACUUCAUGUGAACUGAGAGCAGCUGAGGGAAUCAUCAAAAAUAUGGAAGAGUUGGAACCUGAGCAGGUGGCGGCUUUUUCUAGCAGAGCUGCCUUUCUGAAUAAAGAGCUGAAAAAAAUUGAAAAAAAUAUUAGUUCAAAGCUAGAAAUUCUGGAAACUUAUGUGGCCUUUUUACAAUCAGCUAUAGAGGUGAAUGAUGAUAUUAAAAAUCUGAAGGAAUUCUAUAAUUCAAAACCCCUAUCAACAAACAGAGAGACUGAAAAUAAAAUUGCAAUAGAGUCAGCUAAUACGCAGUGGCAACAGACCAUAAAGAAGACUUUUUCCACCCAAAAUUUGGGUUGCUGUUUUCUUAAUCUAGUAAAUGUGGUAAAUGAGAGUUUAAUAUCAGAAGUAGAAAAAUCGAUAAAAGUAACAGAAGAUAUCAUUAUUAAUUUGAAUAAAGAAAGGAAAGAGCUGACUGAUCUUUGGGCAAUCUGGAAUUUUAAAAUUACUCAAGUAAAACCCAUCAAGCAACAGUGCCAGAUAUUUAAAGAACAGCUAAAAAUCACUACCUGUGGAUUAGAGAUUCUUCAAGAGGCCCUCCAGCUUGCAGUACCAGUUGACCUUGGAAGUGACCUUUUAAUUAUUUUGGAACUCCAGAAAAAGCUGAACCAAAUGAAACCACACAGUGAGCAACUGAAUGCUGAGCUCGAGUACCUAACAAAAUUAUUGGAAUUACCAAGCCAGAAAGGAUUUCCUGUGAAAGAGAAUACUGAGAGAAUAAGUGAGCUUAUUCAUUUCCAUCAAGCAGUAAAGGAUGCAAUGAUAGAAUAUGAUGAGAUUUUCAGCAAGACAGUCAAAUUCCAUCACAUUAAAAAAGAACUGGAAUGUCUAUCAAAAUUAGGAGAACUGGAUAUUCCUGAAAUAUAUGGGGACCCUGAAAAUGUGCACCAGGCCAAAGCCUACCUUGUGAACUCUCAGGAGAAACAUGCACAUAUUAGACAGCUAUAUACUCUACUUAUUACCCAGGGAGUGGAUAUUUUGUCUGCAGUGCAGCAACCUAAUUGCUUGAAUGUUUCUGUAAAGAAUCUGAAGCAAGAACUUGCUAGAUUUGAAUGUGAUAGCAUAAACUGGAGUUCCAGAGCUGAUAAGUAUGAGAAAGAGCUGUCACAGUAUUUCCAGCACUGCACCACUCAAGAGGAUAUAAAUGAGCUCAGAGAAUCAUUUAAGGAUCUCAAAAAGAAAUUCAACAAUUUGAAGUUUAACUAUAUGAAGAAAACUGAAAGAGCUCGAAAUAUGAAAGUACUUAAAGUACAGAUUCAGCAAGUUGAUACAUAUGCAGAGAAGCUACAGAUUCUUAAAAAGAAGAUGGAUAAUUUAGAGAAGAAAGUCAUUGACCCUUUUGCAAAUGAACCUAAAGCUAAAGUUCAAGUUCUCUUGGGCUCUAUCAGUGACUUACAAAAACAGCUGAAUGAUUUUAACAUGGUUGUGGAAGAUUACAAGCAAAAUCUGGAUCUCAUGGAACAUCUGCAGCAGAUGAUGAAAGAGUGUCAAUUUUGGUUUGAAGAUGUGAGUGCAACAGUGAUUAGAGUUGGCAACUAUUCUGCAGAAUGCAAAACAAGAGAAGCAAUAGAGACUCUCUAUAAGCAAUUCAAUAAGUUUAUUGAACCUGCAGUGCCUGAACAAGAAGAAAAAAUUCAGCAGAUUAUGGACCUUGCUAGACAGUUAUAUGGUAUUGAAGAAGGAAAGAAGUAUGUAGAAAAAACUGUAUUAAAGUAUGAAGAAAUCAUGAAUUCUGUUGAUGGGUUGUGCAGAUCUCUGAGAGAACUUAAGGAGAUAAAGAAAGUUGAUGGUUCUGAAGAGUUGAUUACUGUUAAAAAAGAAGAAAGACACGGUCAAGAAGCAUGUGAGACUGUUAAAGAAGUGGAGCAAAGCCAGCAGAUGGCACCAGUUGAAUUGCUUGCUAAUUCAGAAAGCAUUGGUGAGAAGAGAAGCAAUACUCCGUCUCCUGCAGCCACUAAACAGUUUGAGGAGAGGAAGAUGUUGGCUGAUAUUUCAGUUAUCUGUCCAGCUGGUGAGGAUCUUGUUUCACAGGAUACAGAGCUGUCAUCUUCAGCCAAAGAGGAUAGCUUACAGACCGAAUUCCUGGCGGAAGAAACACCCUCUGGAGAUGAAUAUGAAUGUAUAUCACCUGAUGAUAUAUCUUUGCCACCGCUUUCUGAAACACCAGAAUCCAACCUCUUACAUUCUGAAACAGAGCUGGAAGAGCAGUUCUGUUGUAGUUCUCAUAGUCUGCAUGUCAGUUCCUAUAGCUUGCAAAUGCAGAAAACCACUAGAACAGUAAAACUGAUGGAAGCACCUGACCUCUUAACAAAUUCUGCUUUUGCUGAUGCUACAAAUAAUGGAACGGAAAGCCCAUUAGAUCACUUUCAAAAGUUUUGUAUCUCUUUCACAGAUUCUGGUCCAAAAGUCAGAGCAGCAUCUCCUUUGACUUGUAGCUCACAAGGGAUAUCUGAAACUAGCACUGCUUCCUGCCCUAUAAAAGCCAACCCAGUAGAUAGCAUGAUGAGUGAAACAUGCAAAACACAUUUACAACACCUUGAACUUCAUAAAAGCAUGGCAGAAAUGCAAGAAAAAUUUCAUGCUUUGAAUAACUGUACUAAACCCCAGGACAGGCUGCAUGCUUUGCCUGAUGCAUUCUCAGGUUUCAUGUUUCAACCAGAUGCCACCAGAAGCUAUCAGAGGCAGAUGGUUACCCGAGAAGAGAUUAAAAGUCCUUCAGAAAAGAACAGCAUGGCCAGCCUAACUGGACAGGCGCCUAACUUCUCCCGGCUUCUGUCUAACAAAACCGUCAUGGAAGGUUCUCCAGUAACUUUGGAAGUAGAAGUAACGGGAUUCCCAGAGCCUACACUGACAUGGUACAAGAAGGGCCAGAAACUGACUGCAGAUGAGAACUUAAAGCUUUUACAAAAGGAGACAAAGCAUACUUUGUUCAUUCAGAAGGUGUGUGAUAAAGAUGCUGGCCUCUAUGUUGCUCGGGCUAAAAAUUUGAACGGCACUAUCUCCUCAAGUGCCAUUCUUCACGUGCAAGGUAACAGGCCACUUAUUGCAAGAAUAGACUGGAUAAUGCUGUGUGUCAUCUAUAUUAGUGUAUCACUAAUGUACUGGCUAUUCACAAAAUAAGUACAAUAUUGACUGCACUGGACUUAAUUAUCACAUGUUGAAUUUAUUUUCUUACACUGCAUUUUCAUAAUAUGUACCAAACCACUUUUUAUGGCAAAAUGGAUAUGUUGCUUGUUUCUUUAUUGCCAGUAUUCUGUGUUUAUUCUACUUUCUCAUAUUGAUGUUGACAUAAAAGUGUUACGAAGAUUUUUCUAGAAUCUGAGGCUGAGUUUUGCUUUCUAAAAAUGUAGGCAUUCCAAAGCACUGGAAACAGUUUUAAUGGUUGUAGGUUUUAAAUGUCAGCAUAGAGCCAGGUAAAGUGCUCAGAUCAUUGUAUAUUUUGGGAUAAGUCUUCUCUUGGGAUAGGGUGUGGAGGGUGUUGGAAUUUUUUUUAAACAUCAAUUGUAUUUUUUCCAGGCACAUAUUUGUUUGUAUGCAUACAAAAAAAAAAAAAAAAAAUUUUAGGACAAAGCUUCUUAGGCAGGGUAUCAAACCAUUCAUGAUUGAACUAAUAUAUAUCAGAUUUAAAUCUGUCUCAGCCCAGCAUACAGUCUCCACAAAGGAAAGCUGCAGUAGUUCAAUAGAGUUGUGAUUGUGCUACAGAACUGACCCAGAACCAUCAGGAUUCGUGUAAGUGGCAUCUAGGACAUAAAAGUACCAAUGUUUAUAAAAUGAAACAUUCCAAUAUACCACUCUGCUUAAAUAGAUGUCUGUGAUACUUUCUCUGUCUUCUUACAAAGUUAAAGAUACAAAUAUUUCUAAUAAUCCUCUAAACUGUUAGUGUACAAGAAAGUUAAUAACUUAUGAAGUGAGCAUUUGCACUCAUUUGAAAUUUUUAAUGCACUGAUUUCAAACGGAAUCAACCAAAUCAGGGAAACAUCCAAAAGUGUAUUCAAAUUUAAAAAAAAAAAAAAAAAAGUCAGUCAAAGAGAAUUAUCUUUUAAAUUCAAAACAGUAAAUCCAAACCAAUACUUUGUUCACCUACAGUUUAUAUUUCCUUCUUGACAAGAACAACCACAAAUAUAUUUUUUAUUGAAGUUCUAAUUUGUUUAACUAUUACAUAACAAUGAUGUAAUUGUGCUGGUGGAAGACCCAAUUUAUAAAUUCUCAAGUAUAAUGUCAUUCUUCAGCCUCAGUAUUUGUUGCAUUUAUGCAGUAAAAAGAGUUGUCAAACAGCUACAUGAUUUUUCCUGCAUCUUUUGAUUACCAGCUUUUGUGUUACAAUUGCAUUGCUGUAGAAAAUAUUUUAAGAGGAAGUAUUUACCUUCUCUUGCAUAAUUUGCUGGAAUGAAGUAAACCUUUAACUGUGUAGCAUGCUAUGAAAAGAAUAGAUAUUGUAUUUGCUGAGGGUCAGAUAUUUUGGCCUAGUGACUGCAACAUUUAAAAAAUUCCUGUAACUUUGAAAAAGGAAAAAUUCUCAUGAUAUAACCUCACAGCAAUGAGAGGGAGCAGGAGGAGGAGGUGGUGAACAGAUGGGGAACACAGUAAGUUCUAACUAACUUGGUAUUACCCUUUAUGAACCACUUUCUAAGUUCAGUAAUCUCCCAAAAAUAUAGAUUCAUAAGGAUUUCCUCAGGUAUAAAUUUCACCUGUUUUCCUGCAGUGUAUUUUCCAUUUCACAAUAAAGGUAAUUUAGAUCUUAAUAAAUCAUUGUAGAAGUAUAUAAUACCUUUGUUUGUUUGAUUCUUAAAGAUUUCCUCUGAGAAUUUGACAGUUUCUGUGAAUUUUAGGUAAACAAAAGUUGAUUUUGUGAGUGUGUUAUUGCAUCCACUUUCAAUCAGGAAUAGCUUUAAAUGCACAGUUUUUAAUGGGUGGAUAUCAGCCACAAUUUUAAUUGCUGCAAGAAACAAGAUUUCAAAAAGAAUGAUUAGAGAUACUGGAUUCACAGCAGGACUCUGAAACUCUCAUGGUUUUAAUGUUCUGCUUUGUAAACAAAGACAUAAUCAACACUGGUUACUGCUGUGCUGGCAGUCUGGAUUUAAAUACCCUUUAUUUAAGGACUCAAAUGAGUAUUUAAAAAAAAAAUUACUGGAAAAUUCCAGCUGUGUUCUAUUUAGAUAAUCUAAAAAAAGGGGAGAAAAAAAAAGGAAGUGACAGUGAUGUAAUCUAAUGAUGCAUUAGUAUUUCUUUGAAGGGAAAAAAAACACUCAUUCUGUUGCAGCUAAUAAUCUUAACAUAAUGCUUCCCACUCUCAUUAUAUUUUUUAAUAGUUUAUACUCUACAUGCUUUACCUCUUCCUUCUUUUAACCAUACUGUAGAGCAGGGAAUGCAUCUGGGUGUUUUGUAUGGUUCUGGUUCUUUCUUGGUUCACAACACUGACUUCCCCUCAUUGCACUCACAGUUUUGAGCCUAUAGUUUCUUCAGUAUCCCAAAAUGUUUACAUCUUCCUGAUGGCUCCCUUAUAGUGAAGAUUCAAGCCUCAGUCCCCCCAUCCUUAGAAGAAAGACAUUAAGCAUAUAACUAACCUACACUCCCUUCCUUCUUCCCCAUAUGAAGACACCCUUUAAGAAAAUGGUGAAAGAUACUGCCUGACUAGAAGACAUGGAGUCGUGUGAAGGGGUGUUUACACAAGGUACCUAAAUUUGGAGGGGGAAAGGAAUUAAUUAUUUUAAUUUUUCAAGAGAAGCAGCCUGUCUGAGGUCGCAGGUUUGAGUCAGUAGGCAGAGGGAGGAUGAGUCAUUACCCAGAUUGGAUCAGAUGUGGCUGGAGCUGCAAAGGAGAAGGUGAGUUCCUCUCAAAUGACUGGUAAGGUAUGCUUACUUCUGCACCUUUCUCUGGAGACUUUUCUAGGGUAAAGGAGUAAUUUUUGUGUGUGUGUUAUCAUCUGUGGUCUAGAGGAACUGUGUCUUGAAAAAUUACUGCCAAGACUUUAAAGAGGUUACACAUGGUAUUCAAGGAGACUGAAGCUCUGGGGUUAUGGAUAUUUCAGGUCAACUGGGUCACGACACCUGCUUAAUUCCUAAUAAAGGAAUCCUUAUGUUUGUGUUAGGAGCUUGACUGAGACAAAAUCUCCAAACAGUAAAGUGUGCUGUUAGAGUUUAGAGUAAUUUAGAGUAAUGUUGAGCAAAUCUAAAGUCUCUAAGCAGCAUGGUGGGAAUCUGCCUAACCUAAAUUCAUAGAGAAGACAGGGGAAGUUCAUAAAACUGCUAAUUUCGCAUUUCAAGACACCAGAGACUGGAAAUUACAUGCCUAGUGUAAAUAGAUUGAGAAUAACUGUGAAGCAAUUUAAUUUAAAAAUUAGCUGUUAAAACCAAUUUGGCUUGACCUGCACACCUGUAUGUAAGAGAGACUUUAGGCAGGGGUGAAGGCAGUGUAAUAGACAGAUGAAGGUGAACUUUUCUCCUGCAGAUUUUGCAUUGCUUCAGGUUGAUGAUUUUUCUGUGCUUAUUCCCCAGUUUGCAGCAUAACUCUACUGGUUCCUACAGAUAAUUCAUGGAAUAUUUAAUAGUUGACAAAAUUAUUGUCUGCAGCUGUAAGAGUGGUAUUUCAGUACCACUGGCUACCUGAUUAUUUUUCCCACAAUGGAAGAAGUGAUCUGUUCUUUCUAACCUGUGUGGAUGGGAUCAUGGGAUAUCCAGCCAAGAAAUAAUUUGCAAUUAACAAAUUGUAUUCUGAGUUUUUGUUAUGCUAUCAUGUGAAAACCAUUGGUGAAAUAUAACCACCCAUUCUAUUUUGAAGGUUGCUGUCAAAUGAUAAAAUCUUUUUUUCACAGCAGACUUUGUUGAGGUAAAGCCUGUGCCUGAAAGAGUUGUAAGAACUUAAUGAUUUUAUUUGCACAUACCUUUGCUCUCUAGAAACCGAACCUUUCACUUUUUAUGUUCUGCUGCCUUACUGAUAUAAAGUCAAGAUGUGGUCUGAUCAUUAUUACAGUCACCAUUCCACUCAGAAUUUUUUUUUUUUUUAAUGGUAAAAAUCAUUUUGGUAUCAGAUUCAACAUGACUACACAAGGUAAUCCAAACUGCACAAGUUAUGGAAUCCAGCCAAAAUUAUCCCAAGGAGCGGCUGAGGCCCACUUAAUGUUUUCCACUGGAAUACUAGCUAAUCAUGUUCUAUUUGUGACCUGUUGCUAACUGCCUGCAAAGAGUAGGCAGGGAUGUAAACUUGGUUCUCUUGCUUGAAGUGAAGCUGGAGAUCUCAAAUUUCUGGGCUUCAGGUGCAUGCAAUGCAAUGGGGGUGGCAGCUUGCACAUGCUAACCUUCAACAGCUAAGAACUGAGUUGAGCUGCUCUGGCUGGCUAAUAGAGAGGUCACACAAAGUUAGCAUCAAUAUGGGAGAGCAAAACUUACAUUCUUCUGCUUUGCCUUGGUGCCUCAGCCCUGCAGUACCUAGGAA